UGAAUUCAAUUUUGUCUUUGUUGAGUUUGAGGUACCUAUAGAGCGUGGCAAUUUUCAGUAGCUGAUUGCUGGAAUCUGGAGGUACAAAUGCUAAAUAGAGUGGGAAACAGCAUCUCAGUGGGAGAAACCUGACGGAUUUCAAGGAAACUUAAAAAAGAUGAAGGCCAUUUGGGUAGAAGGUUUAAGUGAAGAUGGUUAUAACUAUUAUUAUAAUACAGAAACAGGAGAGUCCAAAUGGGAAAAACCAGAUGAUUUCAUUCCACACACUGGCAGUUUGCUUUCUAGUAAGGCUAAUGAAAAGUCACUUGGUACCGUAGAAGAAUCUGAGUCAUCACAUAGUGAAUCUGAUGGAGAACAAGAAGCAAAAGGAGAAGUCUCUACAGAAACAAAACAGCCAAAAAUAAAUUUUAAGAUAUCUCAAGGAAAAAGUAAAAAUAGCAAUGAAAGAACUGUCCCAAAAAUACAGAAAGAAAAAAGUGUCCAAAAACAGACUUCAUCAGGCCUAAAUGAAGAAAAAUCCAAAACUUUGAAAAAAUCAAACCCAUAUGGAGAAUGGCAAGAAAUUAAGCAAGAAGUUGAGAAUGACGAGGAGGUAGAUUUGGAACUUCCAAGCACUGGAAAUGAGUCUGUAUCACCUUCUGAGGCUGAUGCUGUGGAACCCAAAAUGGUAUUUAAGGAAAAAACAGUCACUUCGCUCGGAGUUGUGGCAGAUGGAGUGGCGCCAAUCUUCAAAAAGAGAAAAAUGGAAAAUGGAAAAUCUAGAAAUUUAAGGCAACGAGGUGAUGAUCAGUAAUGCAAAAGAUCUUUUUAUACAUGCAUUUUGGCCAUCAUGGAGACUUACACCACCUAAAGCUUCUCUUCAUUUGUUUUGACUACUUUGAUGAUGAAAAUUUAGAUUUAUUCUAUUUCAUGUAAAUUAAAAUAAAUCUUUUUCAUGUGGAAUUUAUUUUUAUUCCUAAAAUGGAAGCCUACCACAUUGCAUUGUAAUACAGUGUAUUAUGUUCAUUGUCUAAAAAUUGCUAAUUAUGUCAUAAUUUAAGAUGCUAUGUGACUGUUAUUUAAAAUGUGGAGGGGGCCAGGGAUUUAGCUCAGUGAUGUCGCUGCCUGCCUUGCAAGCACAAGGACCCAAAU